AUGGCCGCCCCUGCCCCAGUCCUUGGCCUUCCCGGGGACCUCAUCCGGCCCGGAGAUGCCAUUGAUGAGUACGUGAGCAAGGUCGGCGGCGCGCCGGUGUGGCCUGGCUCCAGCGUUCCAGGCGCGGAAGCCGGCCCGCCCGCGUCUGUUGCACCAGGCGCGUGCGCGAGCUGCGGAGCGGCGAUGCAUCUCGUCCUGCAGGCCCACGCCCCGCUCGACCAUUCAGACACAGUCUCUACGCGGGACAGGUUCUUGUUUGUUUUCGCCUGCGCGGAGGAUGGCUGUCAUGGUGGCGCAGGCGCUUGGACGGCCCUGCGCGCCCAGCGCUGUCCAAAUGCCGCGACUUUGGCGACCCGAAACGGCUCACAUGCACAUAGCGAUGCCCCCGGCGAGGCUGCGGCAGCUGCAGCUCCUCCGGCGAGCACAUCGGGGACGGGCGGGGCGCAACAGGCGGCCAGUACAGCGGCGGCGGACUGGGGCCUCGGGGACGACGACGAUGACGACGACUCCAUCGAAGAGAUGUCUCACGCGUUCCGCAACAUGCUCUCAGAGGCCGGCAAGCGCAAGCACGAGCAGGAGCCGAAGCAGGCCAGGCAGAAGCGUCCUGGCGCGAUGGUGACGCAGGGCGACAGGGCGUUGGGGGAGUUUUACAUCUUGGCUGAAGAUGAGCCGGCGGAGCGCGCCCUGACAGCGGAGGAACGCAAGCGGCUUGAGCGGCGGGCCGAGGAGGCCGAGGGACGAGAUGCUGCGGCGGAGGCCGCGCCGGCCGCGACGGACGCGGCGCGAAAGGCGACUGGAGGCGCGGCACCGGGCGGCGCGGGCGCAUCGUGGCAGGGGGAGCAGUACGAGAAAGACGCGGCCGUGGGGGCGUCGCACGAGUGGCUGAAGAUGCAGCGGCGCCUCGCGCGGCGCCCCGAGCAGGUCGCCCGCUACGCUCGAGGCCUGCAGGUGUUGUGGCCGAGCGACGAGACGCGGCAUCCGGGGCACUGUGCUGCGUGUAGCGCGCCGCGGACGUUCGAGCUGCAGAUCGUGAGCCCGCUGAUCGUCGCGCUGUCGGACGCGGCCGACUGGCACGUGAGCGAGGGGCGGCCGUCGUCGCUAGUCGUCCGGCCGCCGGGGUCGUGGGACUGGGCCUGCGUCGUCGUGGCGACGUGCAGCGCAGGGUUCUGCGCGGGGACGGAGAGCCGCGGCGGGUGGGCGUGGAGCAGGGAGGAGGUCCUCGUGCUCAAGGAGUAG